AUGUGGCAUGUUCCGGUGAAAGCAGAGUGCUUGUUCUGUCGAGAUGCGAGGCCGGGCAGACGACGCCACCACCACGAUGCGUUGGUGGCACCACAGUUCUCUCCGCUACCUCGAGCAGAAUCAGAUUUGAAGGGCAAGGCACUCCUGGGAGCUACGCUGCCAGAGUAUCCCCUUCCAGCCGUGCCAGAGGCUGUCUGUCAGGCCACAAAGCCACUUGGUGCGUCGAGGGCCACGUGUGGACGUCCUGGGGAGCCGCCGAACAAGGUGUGCCUGCUCGUCUCCAGCGACCUUGAAGGGUUCCUUCCGUACCGGCUUCUGAUUUCAGAAGAGAAAGGUUUGGAUUUCGCUUCCUUGACACCGUGUCCAGACUUCGCAUUGGAUCCACCGGACAUUGUCCAGGUGCAGAGGCUGCCUUGGGAGGCCUGGCGCGACGAUCGGCCUUUCAGCGAGCUACGGAGGAGGAUAGAAGCCAGGAGGGACCUGCAGAGCACCGGAGAAUGGAGCUUGCAGGAUCGCCUGUGGCCACCGUAUUUUCACCUGAUCCAUCUUUUAGCACGGGAUGAGACGUCGACGGAGGGCAGUCUGCCAAAGCUUGUGGACAGCUCUGUCCUGAUAGGCGUGCAAUCUGAAGCUUUGGCUGAGGAGCUGGUUCGCAGCUGCAGAGUGCUGAAGAAGCGCCGUGCGCUGCAGGCCAAGGCUGACAAAUUGUGCGGCAAAUUCAUCGUGGGCGGCAACUGGAAGUGCAAUCCCGCGACGCUGCGCGAGGCCAACACACUCCUCAAAGAUUGGAAGAAGAUGCUUGGCAGAGAGGACAUGGGCAAAGUGGAUGUCGUGAUCUGUCCACCGGCCCUUUGGAUGUUUUCUCUGAAUGAGUCCAUCCAGGCCCUUGACAUGAGCACCUGCGCGCAGAAUGUUGGCAAAAAUGAUGCCGGUGAGUGGACUGCGACCAACCUGCUAGAUAUCGAGCCAUGGAUGUUCUUACACACUGCUGGUGUCAACAAAGCCAAGAACAUCUCCUGGACCCUCAUCGGGCACUCGGAGCGGAGAACGAAGUACGGCGAGACGGACGCUGAUGUUGCAGAGAAGGUCGCGAAAUGCCAGGACGCGGGGGUCAAUGUCAUCCUUUGCAUUGGCGAGACCUUGGAGGACUGGGACAAGAUCGUGAUCGCUUACGAGUCUGUGGCAACGCCAGAUCAAGCGGAGGAAACGCAGGCGGCCAUCCGAGCCUACCUCAAGGAGGCAGCUGGUGCUGCUGUGGCCGACAAGGCUAAUUUUGCGGUGCCGGCGCCUCUUCAGAUACCGUGUGGCAUCCCCGUCUAUGCGAGAGCGCCGUCGCCCUUCUCUCGAUCACUUUCGCCUGCGCGGAGUCCCGUCCCUGCCAGCACCAGCAUGCAGCAUGUUCGUACUGUCCAGGGGCAGUUUCAUGCGGCACAGACGCCGCAGGAACCCGCCGCAGCCGCCACACAGCUGCGAGCUGCAUCUCCAUCUCCACUGCCCAGGCCAGAGCGUCAUCUAAGUCCCGCUCGGGCUCGGGCGACCCCCUGCUACAACCCGGCACCCCAGCCUUCAUCGUACCUUCUUCAUGGCCAAACCCUCCCUCCGAGCCGGGCGACUCUGCCGGCGAAUUGCCAUGGAACAUCCGAGACGAGCCAGCAAGCAAUGCUGGAGGCACUCUGGAGGCGCACUUCAGCCAUUGCAGAGGAUUGUGCCCGCUGGAACCAAGUUCUGCGGCAGAAAGAAAAGGAAGCAUCAGAGCUUGCAGGCUUGAUCCGCAAUUUCACUGAAGAGUACAUGGCACCUGUGGUGCCCCAGCCAUCGCAUCAAGGGCAAGCUCAGCCCGAAGAUGCUCUCGCUGGCCGGACUGUCUCGCCAGCUCCGCAGCUGAAAGUGCGGCUUGGUCCUCCCCCGGACCGAGGCUUCUCGGAUGAGAUGCAGCUAGCGGGGCCCGUGCAGUUGCCAGCCACAGGCCCGAAUGGACGCAUGGAGAUCUCCGUACCAGAGUCGGAAGUCGCAGACAGAGACAUCUACACUAGCUUCUCGCCUGCACGCACUCAGCAUGCCGACAGCUUUCGCGAAGGUGCUGAGAAGCCAGAGACAGAGGUAGCCAAAGAAGCUGUAGAAUCAGCUUUGGCGCUGAGCAAGGAGAGUGCCCUGCCUGACAUCAACCAUGAUGAAAUAUUCGUGGCCUCUCAUGUAGAGAAGUUCGAUGAUGCUUUUGCAGAAGGUGAAGGAGAAGAGGGGGAGCUUUUUGCCAAGGUCCGGGCGGCUUUGUCACGUGUUGUGGGUGGUGAAGCUGCCAGUGCACUUCAUGACCCAGCGACAGUUCUUAUCCCCGCAGGGUGGGAAGAAAACAUGUUCAUCCCCGGAAGCUGGGAGGAAAAAGCUCGACCACCCCCCGAGCCUGCCCCGCAAGAGCAUGGUCUCUCACCCUUCACUACCUCCGUUGGUGGAUCCACUAUGGCUGCCGAGCAGGACCCAUCUUCGGAGUUUGCUGGGAUUUUCCCUACCGAAGCCGAAGAUCAGUCAGCCUUGAGUGCAGAGCUCACAGGGCACGUGGAGGAUGCCCAUGCAGGGCACGCAGGACACGUGGAGCCUGCAGUGCUACCUGAAAAAGUCGGCCACCCAGGCCCAGCCUCAGCCAUCAUCUCCGAAUGCCUCUCUGCGGUCAGCUGCGAGUCCAUGGCUUUGUCUCAGGAGGCUAAUGCUGUGCACAGCACAGAGCUGGAGGCUGUGAAGUCGGAAACAGGUCACACCAGUCACACCAGCGAGCGUGCUGCAACGGCACCUGCGCUUCCAGCGGAGGCUCUGGGCAAACCCGCCCACACAUCAAAGCCUGAUGCACACUUGGACCGGGCAACUUCACGGAUUUCACAUAAUUCACCAGCCACUGCGGCUCCAAAGCAGAGCCGAUCCGAGCGCGGGCGUGCGCUCCCGCAAGCAAGCACCCGCACGCCGGCAGAUCCCUGGGUGCCACUUCGCAAAAAGGCAUCUGUGGGAACGCCCCAGGCAAAAGCACACGCUGCAAAGGCCCCCGAAAGCCAGGACCGCAUGGGGACGCGCUCCAGAAGAAGCCAAGCCUCCACUUCGACAUCACCGCUGAGGACUUCACCGAACAGGAGCGGCAGCUCAUCUGCGCUUCCAAUGACACCGGACGCUCAGCUCAGCCAGAAGCAACUGAGGUCCUACCUUCGAAGCCUUGCCAGACCCCGCACGCCCAGCCCUAUGAACCCAAAACGGGUGAGAAUUCAGUAUGGUGGCAGCGUCACUCCCGACAACUGCGCCGAGUUGAUCACGAAGCCGAACAUCGACGGAUUCUUGGUGGGCGGUGCAUCGCUGAAGCCCACAUUCAUGGACAUCGUGUCCAAGGCCGGGGAAGUCAUGACAUGCCUGCGCAUGUGGCGAUGUGGAGACCGGGCUUUGUGCGAGAAGUCGAAAUCGGAGGUGGGGCCAUCCAAGAUGGUGGACACGUGGCCUAAGUACGAGGAGAAGAUGAAGAAGGUGGGCGAAGAGUUGAUAGCGGGGCAGCAGAUUGAGAUUCUGAAGGAAGACCUCAACGAAUCUGCCAUUGCGGCCUUCAAAUACAACUAUGGCGUUCUCGUCUCUGGUGCUGAUGUGAUGAUUCCAGAGAGCAAGCUGGACCCAGUCGACAAGCUGCCUGAGUACGAGAAACUGAAGGAGAAGCCAGAGACUUGCUGGCAACUAGCUCGUGCGUGCGACGGCGCUCGUUUUGUAUCAUCGCAUCAGGAUCCCAGGCUGUUGCGGAAGACCCUCAUCUUGAAGCUGAACGGAGGGUUGGGCACAGGCAUGGGCCUGGAGAAGGCCAAGUCCCUUCUCACGGUCACCGAGGGCAAUAGCUUCCUUGACCUGAUUGCAAAGCAGGUGGCAGCGACCAAAAAGACCUUCAAGACCGACCUGAAGUUCAUGCUUAUGAACUCGUUCUCGACUUCGCAGGCAUGUCCGGAUUGCGUGCAGCUGAUGACGAGGUUCGUGCAGAACAAGGCGCCCAAGGUCACCGAAAGCGACUUCUCGCCGGCCGAUUGGACCGCAGAUCCGGGGAUGGAGUGGUGCUACAGAUACAUGUUCGUCUCCAACUCGGACAACCUUGGCGCGACCAUGGACCUCAAGAUUCUGACUCACUUCGUGCAAUCCGGUGCUCCGUUCAUGAUGGAGGUCGCGGAGCGCACCGACAAGAAAGGUGGACACCUCGCGAAAGACAAGGCAACCGGCGGUCUCCUCCUCCGCGAGUCUGCUCAGUGCCCUGAAGAGGAUGAGAAGGAGUUUCAGAAUGUCGGCAAGUACAAGCCACCUGGCGCGCAGAUGUUUUUCAACACCAACAACCUCUGGGUGGACUUGGCAGCUUUGAAGAGGGAGUUCAGGAAGAAUGACGGAGCGCUGCCUCUUCCGGUCAUGAAGACGCUUGGUGGACCGUGUCUCUCUGUGAACUCGAAGACUGUGGACCCACGAGACAAGAAGUCCACAAAAGUUUUGCAGCUGGAGACGGCCAUGGGGGACCUCCUGGCGUUGCGAUCCGAUGCCUACCUGCUCACAGAGGACUUCACUGUCGUUCUUGCACCAGAACGAAAUGGAGUUCCUCCUGACGUCAAGCUGGAUGGCAUGUACAAGUUUACGGAUGCCAUGGAGGAGAAGCUCAUACCAAACGGGCCGCCGUCUCUCAUCGGAUGCAAAAAGCUCGUCAUUGAAGGACCUGUGAAACUGGCCAAGGGUGUUGUCUUCAAGGGCACCGUCACCGUGAAGAACACCAGCGGAGCAGAGAAGGUCCGCCUUCGAAGAGAUGAAAAUAGCAGCAGUUGCAGGAGGGGUGCAGCGACUCCGACUGAUCAGGAGCUGGCUGAGGGCGUCUAUGAAGACAAGACGGCGCUUCACUUAGCGGCCUUAGCACAAGACCAGGAGUUUCUUCUGAAAGACUCUGCUUGCCAGGUUGAGCUUUGA